AGAUCUUCAACGACGUCGACGACUUAUGCGUACUCUCCACCACCACCACCAUCGUCAGUUGCACGUCAAAUACGAAGUGAUAUGCCGUCCUCGCUCUGCCAAUUUUUUGCCUUCCUGCGAGAUCAUGGUUCCGCCUACCCGACCAGAUUACUCAGUUAUUAGUGUUCCCUGACUCAGCCAUUCCCCCCGACGGAGUCUCGACCAUCCCGAUGAUACAAUGACCAUGGCUCCCAAACUUUUCCAACCAACAAAUGUCGGCCCAAUAUCGCUCAACCAUCGCGUAGUGUUGGCUCCUCUGACGCGUUUCCGUGCAUCGAAGGCGCAUAUACCCCAUGUUAACAUAGUGAAGGAGUACUAUGAGCAACGUGCUCAUACCCCCGGGACCCUUCUUAUUACCGAGGCCACGUACAUCGCUGAACGAGCAGGAGGAUACGACAAUGUUCCAGGGAUUUGGAAUCAGGAUCAGAUAGAUGCUUGGAAAGAGAUCACGUCCGCUGUCCAUGCGAAAGGUUCAUACAUGUUCUGCCAGUUGUGGGCGCUAGGCCGAGCAGCAGAUCCGAAAAUUCUCGCAUCGGAGGGUCUACCAUACGUGUCUGCAUCUGACGUCGGAUUAUCGCAUGAGGCGGUCGCGCCUCGACCACUGACUGUAGAAGAAAUCCAAGAGUACGUCGAGUUAUAUGCGCAGGCUGCUCGGAAUGCCAUCAGUGCGGGAUUCGACGGAGUAGAAAUUCACGGAGCCAACGGUUAUCUUUUGGACCAGUUCACGCAAGACGUGACAAAUAAACGUACGGAUGUAUAUGGAGGCAGGAUUUCUAACAGGGUGCGGUUCCCGUUAGAGGUUGUGGAUGCCGUUGCGUCGGCCAUAGGACCCGAGAGGGUUGGUUACCGGAUCAGUCCGUGGAAUAAUUCAAAUGGGAUGACGAUGGUCGACCCGAAACCCACGUUCGGAUUCCUUGCCUCGCAGCUAAAGGCGCGGCAGCCAAGGUUAGCAUACCUUCAUGUUGUGGAGCCGAGGAUGGUCGGUUUGUAUGAUCGUCUGGAUGAGGAUAUUGGGGCACAUGAGGAGAAUGAUUUCAUCCGUCGGGUCUGGUCUCCAAAGUCAUUGAUAUCAGCGGGAGGGUACAAUCGCGAAUCUGCAAUCGAUACAGCAGAAAAUAAAGGGGACUUGAUUGGCUUUGGAAGGCACUUCAUCGCGAAUCCUGACCUGGUGUAUAGACUAGAGAGAGACAUCGCUCUGAACGCAUACAAUAGAAAGACGUUCUACCUUCGUGGAGAAACUAUACCAACAGGAUACACAGACUAUCCGUUCGCCGAAGAUUACAGUGCCAAGCCAUUAUUAUAGACUGUCAGUUUGUCUUAUCCUAGUUAAUAAUAACAGCAAGGAUUGUUUGAGCUACUACGCCAACAUGAAAUUUCCCGAAUAUCUCUAACGAUCUUCUCCAUCCGGGAUCAAUGCAGAAUGAGAAAUCCGGCAUGAAUUUCCGUCAAUGAUCGAAGGCCCAUUGUCUAUCUGACCUCAUGGAUAUUCCAGGACAG